AUGCCGAAUCAGUCACGUCCGACAUUCGAUUUUUGUCGUACUUAUGACGGUUCAGAACCAGCCUCCCGUUGGCUGAAGCGUCUUGAGUUUGAGUUGCGAGGAGAUUCUCGGAGUGGAAUCAUUGCCCCGGAGCACUAUUUGAGCUCUGUGGAUCUACUUCUUAUGGGGGACGCAGCCGAUUGGGCAGAGUCUUCACCAGAAAUCAGUACGCUUUUCGCCGGAUCUCAUACCAGCGAGUCAUUGGAUCGAUUCCUCUCGCUCUUCAAAGAGCGCUUUCCUACCAAGUCUAUCGAGACAAUUCCGACUACCUUUUCGGAAGAACUCGAAGGCUUACAUCAGAACACCGAGGAGUCACUCACUUCGUACUAUCAGCGUACGAUACAAAUCACAUAUCGUUUCGGGGCCCGUGAUCGUCUUCCCGGAGGCCCACCCCUAUCAAUCCUCGAGUCGUCAAUACUGGACUUGAUCUACAGUGCGUUUCUCAAAGGUUUACAAGAUCUCGAGCUCCGGCGUAAGGCCAUUCGGGGGACUGUUACUGGGAUAUCUCUACACUCGGCAUUUGUGUCUAUGGAACAGGCACACAAAUCACGAUUGGUUAUCAGGAAGAUCGAGUACGAGGAGGUUCAGUCACGAGAGGCCAUAUUCUACAAGGACGUCGUGAAGAGAAAUAUGUCUACAACUCAGCUGGAAUCCAUUGACGCCUUUUACGGUAGUGGAAGCUCAGCAACUCAAUGGCUACAACACUAUAACACCAAGCUAUCCGAUCACGUGUAUACACCAAAGCAGUAUCUUACCUGGCUUCAAGUACUUCUUGCAGGUGACGCCGAAGCUUGGGCCAAGACCUAUCCAGAUAUAGCACACUUGCUAGAAAGCACACCGACCCAGCAAACUGUUGUCAGCUUUACGAGCCUCUUCUGUACACGAUUCCAAUCCUUAGAGGAGCAGUCAGUCAUAGCAAAGCCUGUCGUACCAGAGCAGCCUGUCGUACCAGAGCAGCCUACCUUACCAGAGCAGCCUACUCCACAGCUACCAGAGCAGCCUACCCUACAGCUACCAGAGCAGCCCGUCAUACCACAGUCAGCUCCAUCAGUACCAGAGCAGCCUACUCCACAGCUACCAGAGCCUGCUCCAGAGCUACCACAGUAG